AAAGGGCAACCAGGAGGCCGGCUGGCUGCGACGAUGGCGGCGUCCUUGCGCCAAGUGGUCGCGGGCAGCUGGCGGCAGCCGCAGCGACACCUGCUUGCGCUGCAGUGUGCAACACGCCAUUCAAGAUGGUGCCUUAUAACUUCACGUACAUUCUAUACAGCUGAAUAUGACCCCAAUGAGAAGACAUUUGAGAAACUCCUUAUCGCCAACAGAGGAGAGAUUGCAUGCAGAGUGAUUAAAACAUGCAAGAAGAUGGGCAUUAAAACUGUUGCCAUACAUAGCGAUGUUGAUUCCAGUGCUGUUCAUGUGAAAAUGGCGGAUGAGGCUGUCUGUGUUGGCCCAGCUCCCACCAGCAAAAGCUACCUCAACAUGGAUGCCAUCAUGGAAGCCAUUAAGAAAACCAGAGCCCAAGCUGUCCACCCAGGAUAUGGAUUUCUUUCAGAAAACAAAGAAUUUGCCAGGCGUCUGGCAUCAGAAGGUGUCACCUUUGUUGGACCUGACACACAUGCUAUUCAAGCUAUGGGAGACAAGAUUGAAAGCAAAUUAUUAGCCAAGAAUGCAAAGGUCAACACAAUCCCUGGCUUUGAUGGAGUAGUCAAGGAUGCAGAUGAAGCUGUCAGAAUUGCAAGGGAAAUUGGCUACCCUGUCAUGAUCAAGGCCUCAGCAGGUGGUGGUGGGAAAGGCAUGAGAAUCGCUUGGAAUGAUGAAGAGACCAGGGAAGGCUUUAGAUUUUCAUCUCAAGAAGCUGCUUCAAGUUUUGGUGAUGAUCGACUAUUGAUAGAAAAAUUUAUUGAUAACCCUCGCCACAUAGAAAUUCAGGUUUUGGCAGAUAAGCAUGACAAUGCUUUGUGGCUGAAUGAAAGAGAGUGCUCCAUUCAAAGAAGAAAUCAAAAGGUUGUGGAAGAGGCACCAAGCACUUUUCUGGACCCUGAGACACGAAGAGCAAUGGGAGAACAAGCAGUAGCUCUUGCCAAAGCAGUAAAAUAUUCCUCUGCUGGAACUGUGGAAUUCCUUGUGGACACCAAGAAGAAUUUCUACUUUUUGGAAAUGAACACUAGACUUCAGGUUGAACAUCCCAUCACAGAAUGCAUUACUGGCCUGGACCUAGUCCAAGAAAUGAUCCGUGUUGCUAAGGGUUACCCUCUCAGGCACAAACAAGCUGAUAUUCCCAUCAAUGGCUGGGCGGUUGAAUGUCGAGUUUAUGCUGAGGAUCCCUACAAAUCUUUCGGUCUGCCAUCGAUUGGUAGAUUGUCUCAAUACCAAGAACCACUACACGUGUCCAAUGUACGUGUUGACAGUGGCAUACAAGAAGGAAGUAAUAUUAGCAUUUAUUAUGAUCCCAUGAUCUCAAAACUAAUUACAUAUGGCUCUGAUAGAGCUGAAGCACUGCAAAGAAUGGAAGAGGCUCUGGACAAUUAUGUAAUUCGAGGUGUGACUCACAAUAUAGCUUUACUGCGAGAAGUGAUAAUCCAUCCACGCUUUGUUCAGGGGGAUGUCAGCACUAAAUUUCUUCCCGAUGUGUAUCCUGAUGGCUUUAAAGGACACAAAUUGACAGAUCUCGAGAAGAGGGAACUACUGGCAAUAGCAACUUCUUUGUAUAUGGCUGAACAACUGAGAUCACAGCAAUUUCUAGGGUCUCCAAGAAUUUCUCUUGCUAAGCUGGAACUGAACAACUGGGAGCUGUCGAUACAGAUAGGAGACGGAACUUACUCUGUUACAGUUUCAAACAAUGGGUCAACGUUCUCUGUGGAAGUUGAUGGGAUGAAACUAAAUGUGACCAGUGAGUGGAACCUGGCUUCACCCUUAUCGUCUGUCACCAUUGAUGGCACUCAGAGGACUAUACAGGGUCGGUGUGGCUGGACAUCAUCCUCAACUUUUACUUACAUGCUCCACUCUCAGAAUUUACCUGCUUCCAUCUAAAGAAAAUCUUUAGGUUUAGUUUUAAAGCCUGCUCGCUUUACUAAUCUUCAACAAGAAACCAUAUGUAUUUAUAAAAAAAUGAGAUGUUCAGAAGAAAUCCACCAUAUUUGGUGUGCAUACAUGCAUGUUUUCGGAUGAGUUUCCAUCAAAACUAAUGGGAAGUGCAUAAGGAUAUAUUACAGCAGUAUACAGUAUUAGGAAGCUUUUAUUGUUGCUGACUAAUAGUAGGUAGAUUGAUUAUAUACCAAACACAUGAUAUUUGAACUUGCAUCUUUGUUUAAUUCCCAAAGCACAGAAUGUUGCCAUAGCUGGACAUGUUUACUGCUAGGUGGUUGAGCCCGGUGAUGGGGUCAUUGAAUUGCUGGAACACAAUUAUCAUAUGCAAUGCAUGCCGGGGUCACUCCAGCUGUACAACAAAUAUUUUGGAAUGUGUGUUAUACAAGAAGUGUAAAAACCAUAGUUAUUGUUUCUCUUUGAGAUAUCUGUAAACCUCUGUUUUGUUCAGAAAUCCUGUAGCUUGAAAAGUUAUGAAUGCUGUGAUUGUUUAUAUAUGUAAAAUCAUGGUUACAAUGUGAUUAACCCUUGAUAUCUGCUCAUUGGAAUCCAAAAUGGAUUUUUUGUUAUGUUUCUCUAGACUUGUUCCUCUGCAAGGACCAGAUUAGACUAGCAUGUUCCUAUGGGUCCAUUUGUCCCCAAGAGCAUUUGAUCCCAGAGUCUUAGUGUAUUUUCCUUCAGCAAGUCUUCGCCCUAGAGCCAUUUAAGCAACUAACAUAAAUGAAUCGAAUAAUUCCAGCUGUGCUUUAUUAAUUUUCAGACAUUCUAAUUUCUCUUCAUAGUUGGUUUCAUUCAUCUAAAUUUGUGUAACCAGUAUAUUCUUUGUGAACAUUACAUUUCUUUGAAGAGUGAUUUAUGUACCUAGGGCUUGAUCCUGAAAGGUGCUGAAUGCUCUGAUCUCAAUCCAGCAAAGCCCUUCUGCAUGUAAGGAGUAAAGAAGGAAAUGAUUUUCAAAUGUUUUGUUUUAAAAUGUAUUUAUGCAAAUUGUAGUCUGGAUAUUCAAAUUCUUGCAUAUCCGUCACCUGCUUAAAAUAAGUAAUUAGACACAUGAGUCUAUUUUCAUUCAUCUGUUAAAGGAUCUUGGCUCAAAGUGUGUAAAUAAAGGAAGUACCGGUCUAAGCAAAGAGUAGAUCAGUGACAUGGGUGGGUACCAGAAAAUACCGUGAUCCCACAAAGUUGAAAUCAGUGGGUUUCUGUUCUUAAAAUUAACUGUGUGCUUAAGUGCUUUGUUGGAUAGGAGCCGGAGUACUAAGCACCUUGCUGACAAAAUCUCAAAAAUAAAAUAUUGCUGAGAGUUCAA